AUGGAAUCUGCCAUUGCCAAUGUCGAUCUUGGGAAAUAUCGGCGUAUUGUUCAACUGUUUUGGGAUCCCGAGCCUGUCAACGAUCGAGAAUUAGACCAGCCUGUGUGGUGUCUUGGCCGCGCCUAUUCUCUAACCGCAAAGGACGGCCAUGACCAAGUCACGAACGUGCGGCAUGCAGAGCAGAGUAUUCAGUCGCUUGCCACGAAAGAAACUGUUUCGUUAACAUCUUCGGAAGAAACCCCCGUAGAUGCAUCAACCACAAACGAGACUACUUUGGGAGUCCCACUGGAUCCGUUCCCCGAGAGCUUCUCAUCAUCCCUAGCUUAUGGGGAACAAAGCCCUGAAGGUACCGGAUGGCCGAUCGCCUUCUUGGAUGAUUUUGAGGCACGGUUUUGGAUGACUUACCGGUCAAAUUUUGAAGUUAUUCCGAAGUCGACGGAUCCCAAAGCCUCAUCGGCCUUAUCACUGUCCAUGCGAAUAAAAAGCCAACUUGUGGACCAGAGCGGCUUUACAUCUGACAGUGGCUGGGGAUGCAUGAUUCGUUCAGGGCAAAGCCUUCUUGCUAAUGCCAUGUCGUUUCUGGACCUGGGAAGAGGCUGGCGUCGAGGCAUGCUGCCAGAUCACGAGCGGCGCCUACUUGCAAUGUUUGCCGAUGACCCUCAAGCGCCAUACUCAAUUCAUAAUUUCGUACGUCAUGGCGAAAGGUCCUGUGGUAAAUACCCUGGAGAGUGGUUUGGUCCUUCGGCAACCGCUCGUUGCAUUCAAGAACUAGUAAACUCCCGUGAGCAGGAUUUAAGAAUCUACUCGACUGGUGACGGCCCAGAUGUCUACGAGGACAGCUUCAUGAAGAUCGCAAAACCAGAUGGGGUGCUUUUCCAUCCAACUCUAAUUCUGGUUGGGACGAGGCUUGGAAUCGAUAAAGUUACACCUGUAUAUUGGGAGGCGCUGGUAGCUUCCUUGCAGAUGCCGCAGUCCGUCGGCAUAGCUGGUGGCCGUCCUUCCUCGUCCCAUUACUUCGUCGGAGCUCAGGGCCAUUUCCUCUUUUACUUGGACCCUCACCAUACUCGAAAGGCGCUUCCGUACUACUCUGAUACAACCUUGUAUGCACAGGAAGAACUGGAUUCAUGCCACACGUCACGAUUAAGGCGCAUCCAUGUUCGAGAAAUGGAUCCAAGCAUGUUAAUUGGGUUUUUAAUUCAAAGUGAAGACGAUUGGAUUGAGUGGACGAGAUGCGUCAAACACGUGCAGGGAAAAUCUAUAAUUCACGUGGCUGACUGCCACCCUGCAAACGAGAUGCGAGACACCAGUGGAAGGUCUGCCAUAGACGAGGUGGAACCUUUGAGUGAUGAUGACGAGAAUAAUGACGAUGAGGCUCUCAUUAUAUGA